AUGCUAUUGAUGCUGUGCUCCGUACGUAUUCACCCUCUAACUCCUCGUGUCCCCCCGCCCGCCCGGCCCAUGGGCUCCGUCCGACUCUCACCUCACCCCGUCUCACCCACGGCCAUGCCAGAGGAGAAGCGCAGUGUUGGUGAAGCGGACGAGCCCUUGCAUGGGCCGUGGACGAACGGCCAAUAUGACGUUAGCCCCAGCCUGAACUCUGAUAAAAUCACAGAGAGCAAAGAAGUCAAACGAUGGCUAGACGGCUAUCUCGGUGUCGGUGAAUGGGUGAUGGACCAAAGCAUCGCGGUGUUGGGAUCGAGCGGGUACUUCGAGCGCAAACGGUGA